CAAAACUCUUGCUCAGUACAAAAAACCAACAGCAACUUAAGUAAACUACAACUAUCGCCGCGUCGACGCAGUUGUCUACUUAUCGCCAGUGUCUUCUACACGACUUUGAAGAACAAGUACAACGAGUGCAACAGCUUCAGCUUCUACUUUGACAACAUCAAAGAUCCUCGCGCAAAAAUCAAGAGACCUUGUUCCUGUUGCAGCUAAGUUAGUACAGUAAGUGCAUAAUUGAAUCUACAGUACAAAACUAAAGAACACCGGUACUUGUCGUGUGCUCACACUGACUUCUUUCACCCAAGACCAUAUAAGCAAGAAGUUUUAAAUCAACAUCACCGAAUAUAACGAUAACCUAUACGAACGAAUUCGAAGACCAAAAUGUCGCCUAGUCGCCUUUUGUCCUUCGUUCAUCUGGCAGCCGCGGUGCUUGGUUCAGAGGCUGUCGCGUUGCGUCCUGCGAAGCAGGGCAAGUGGCGGAAGAAGCUGACCACGCCCAUAGAAGAAGAACAAGUUCGUGGGGGAAAUAUGCCCGAAGGCGGUCGUUGGGCUGACGUUCAGGAUUCCGACGCGGAGGAGGACACUGAUUCUCAUGCCGCUCCCGCCGGAGUCGGACAUCAACAUCAAGGACAACAAGCGGUAGUAAUCGGGCAGGCCUCGUUCUCUGGAUCGCGACCGGAUGUCUAUGAUUUUCCCUAUGCUCAGGCUCAGGGCCAGGAUCCUUAUUUUCGACAUGGUAUAUUUCCUGCCGGCAGCGGCAUAGGCACUUCCAGUGGUGCAGGUGGAACAGAUUCAUCUCGACGAGGCCUCAAUUUGGACGCUGCUCUUUUCAUGAUCCCGAGUGCAGCUCAGUCGUCUCACGGUGCGGAGCUGCCCAGCACCGGCGGAUAUAUCACGCGUGGCGGCGACCUGGUAUUUGCAUGCCGCGCUACUGCGUCUGGGCGGCCGCCCUUCCCAGAUGGUUUUUCUCCUGACGGAAAGACGGUUUUCAACCUGUGUUGCUACGCCGACGGGUCGCCCUACGUUGACCAGGGAGAGGCUCUUUGGCAAGGACAGCAAGAAGAACGGAAUCGUUUUUUAUCGCAACAACGGACUGGAGCCCAAGCACAACAGCAACCACAGAGUGGUCACCACCAGUAAUAAAUCGCGCCUCCGACUCGUCGUAAUGCAGGUAAAUUCGUCGACUGAAAGCACCGGGAAAAAUCUUCAUGGCGCGCAGCAUAAUUUAGUCGUCGUCGUCGUUCCCAUGCAAGAGGUAUGGAAUGCAAAUUUGUCUUGGUCUGGAAAGGUUGAACCUGUAUUGCGUGUCCAGGAUUCCAGAAAAAUCUGUAUUGCAUAAAAGCAACAAGAGCGCCACAGGUUGUUUCGUGCAAUGAAAAAGCGCAGUUUGUACUUAAUGGUAAAGCGCACAAGCACAACCAAGCCUGUGAAAGUGUUUGAAAAAAUUGUCAUGCUGCACUGCACUUAAAGCUAAAGGGCCGUUGGCGCUCACGGAUGACCAUUUAGCAUUCAAGGUUUCCAGACCUCCCAGACAUGUUUGCAAUGCAUAUCAUCAGAGCAGGAGUUUAUCAUUAUCACCACCCGCACCCAGCACAAGAAGAACCUCAAGUACGAAGUAAGCAGUGCCGGAGACGACCACAGAGAGCCACAACCUCGGAGGAGGUUCCAUGCUGACAUCGCAGCACCUCUGUGGCUGUUAAGCUGAUGAUUACAGUUAUACAGAAUUUGCAUUGUUCAGGUCGCCCUGCUACUGUGCUUUUAGUCAAACUUCUUCCCUCUGGAAUUUGACGUGUAUUUCCGCUGUUGUAUGAGUAUAGUGUAUGAUUGGUAUUGGUAUUUCUCCCCCGAAGUUAUAGUACGUAGAAGUAGAUUUACUUUGCAAUGUUCAUGUAUGAUGCAGUCCCCUUCAUCAACAACAACAAAUUUGUCUUGGACUUAAAACAACAUAGAGCAGAAAUCAAAAUUGUGACGAACUAUGACAUGCUCACUGCGGCAUGAUGGUGGAGAUGUGGGAGCACUACCACUAGAUUCGGUGGGUAAAAGAGUCCCUGCCUAGAUUUUACCCCUGGCGCAGGCGACCCGAUGCAAGAACCGCAAGAGACCAAAGCAAUGGAAAGUCGCAAGAGACCUGCACCGAAAGAAGCAGGCACGAAGUAGCUCGCUUCUGAAAAUGAUACUAUCAGUUGCACUCCAAUUGAUUUUUUGGCAAGAAAAACAAGGAACGAAAGUCGAC